GUGGACUUCCCAGUAUUACGUUGGCGGCUGACCACGUCGCAUGGUCUGUAAUUCACUCGGAAUCGGAUUUAACCGUGCUGCGAAACGGAACGAAUGGAGCUCCUCGAGUGCUGUGAAUGAAAUCGUGAACGUCGUAUAGUGAUUGACUGACGACCAUAGAUUUUCCUCGACAUCUUAUCCUCUAUCUCGAUCGGGAAACUGAUCGGAUUCACUUAUCCGGAACGUGGAAACCCUUCGUAAUUUCACCAAGACAGACAAGCAAUCGUGAAGCUGCGUAUUUAUAAAUGUUGCCGAAUCACCUGAAAUUUAUCAUCGACGUGACAAAAUAAUAAAACGCUGUACGAAAUAAUGCUUACGUAAUAGUAGUAUUAUUAUCAGACGGCGUGAAAGGAGCACGUACCGACCUUGACGGACUUGGCACACAUCGUUCAGAAUGUGGAUGACGCGGAUGUGCUGAUCGAUACCGUCGAACAUGUGACACAUUACAGAUCACGCGCCAAUAAUUACGCUGUCGAGAGAAUCAUAUGACGUCCUCUUUCGCGGGAGGAGCAGGAGCGGGAUAUAAAUUCAAUGGAAAGAGCUUACAGGAGCGCCGACAAGACACCGAUAAACAAUAGCGACAGAAGAUAAGAAGACCACGUUCUUCCGGACUCCCUCUCCUUUUAGCUUCACUAUCCCACCAACUCUAUUCCUUCGUCUGUCUCUUUUCCGCGUGGGGCAAUAUCGUUUCUCUUUCCUGCUGGGUCGUUAGCAUAAUAGCGUCAAGUACUUCACUUCGUUGGUAGUCAAUACGUGCCGUCGUUCCGAUCACGCCGCAUUGAUCGUAUUGAGUCAUAUUAGUGUGUCUCGUGAAAUUGCAUAACGAGGCCUACGCGCGCACGCGGUCGUAAUAUAAGGGUACGUUACAGACGCGCUCCUUUAUUUCUCUACCGAAACUUAUCGCGCAUAUAUUCUACCUUCGUAGUGGAAAGCAUCUUUUCGAGUGAUACUCGCUCUCUCCGACUGGCAUCAGUCGGACGAAAGUCAACAAGAGACAAGAAUCGCGUUUAAAAGUAACAUCGCUCCGGUCGACACUUUUCGAUAGGAACAAUCGUCGCGGUAGCACUCGACAAGCACUCGGGUCUUUCAAAAGCCACUUGACGCCAAGUAAUCGAGAAUCUCGUCGUAUAUUGAGCGACACACUCUCUCUCGAUACGAAUCGCCGUUAAACUCAGCAACCCUCGUAAUCUCGGUACACAGACCAACCUCGAUCACGGAAGGGCGUUACGAAGCGGCCGUGGAUACGGGAUGACGACCAACGUUACAUCAAUGGUGGUGGACUAUCUGGUUUUCAUCGGGUUCAUCGUGAUUUCCUUCGUAAUACCACUAUGGGGGAACUUCAGGACGAAGAAAAAGGAGACCAAGGCGAACUAUGUGUUUGCCACCGGCAGCGUGUCGAUGGGCGCGAUGAUGCUGUCAAUCGCGCGGGGAACUCUCGGCGUCAGAUCCUUCCUGGGUUAUCCUUCGGAACUGUAUUAUCGAGGUAGCGCCAUGUGGGAGACCCUGUAUGGAAUGUUGCUCGCCUAUCCUAUCGUCUGCUUUAUCUUCGUACCUGUUUACUACAGUCUCGGUAUCACGUCGGUCUACCAAUAUCUGGACAUGAGGUUCAAGUCAAAACUAGUUAGAUGUCUGGCGAGUUUCUCGUACGUCAUACGGAGUCUCUUAAAUUUAGCAGUCACGGUGUUUACUCCUUGCGUCGCAUUGAAAACAGUGAUAGGACUCCCAUAUUGGGCUAGUAUUGUAGGAAUAACAACUAUUUCUGUGGCUUUCACAAUUAUGGGAGGUUUGAGAGCUGCCAUUUUAUCGGACGUAAUACAAGGUCUGACGAUGAUCGGUGUAUCAGUGGUAAUCAUCAUACAGGGAACUGUUAAUAUCGGUGGGCUAGAUAAAGUCUUUAAUGUGACUGCGGAACGUGGACGCUUGGAUUUUUUUAACUUUGAUAUGGAUCCAACUAUUCGAGUAACGACAGUAUCGGCGACAUUGGGUCAGCUCUUCAUGAGUUUAUCAAUUUUCGGAUGUCAACAAAAUUUUGUCCAGAGAUAUUGCAGUAUGUCCAGUCAAAAAAAGGUUGUCCAUACGAUGAUGGCUAACAUGCCCAUAAUAACAAUCCUAUUCUCGCUAUCUUGGAUCGUUGGAAUGGUCAUUUUCGCUAAUUACGCCGACUGUGAUCCACUCUCUCUGGGAUACAUAUCCAAAAUCGACGAGAUCGUACCAUUCUACGUCGAAGAUAAAUUCCUCCACCUACCCGGCAUGCUCGGUUUAGUAAUGGCAACUCUAUUUAACAGCGCCUUAACUUUGGCAGUAUCGAAUCUUAAUUCUCUCGCGACGGUGACAUUCGAGGAUUUUCUAAGUCAUAUACCGGCAUUGAGAGAUCUUAAAGAUACGCAGCAGCUCAAUACGAUCAAAAUUAUCGGCGUUGUGUACGGUCUGUUGAUAAUCGGCAUUAGUUUUCUAGUAGCCAUGCUAUCAGGCGUGAUAGAAUCUUCUAUGUUAAUGACGUCGGCAACGUCCGGACCUCUUCUUGGAGUAUUUCUCCUUGCCAUGUUAGUACCUUGCGCCAAUUGGAAAGGUGCCGCCGCUGGAAUGCUCUUUAGCCACGUAACGACGUUGUGGAUCACCUUCGGUCAUCUCAGUCUGGAUACCGUAACAAAGACGCUGCCAUUAUCGACGGAAGAUUGUCACAAUGAGACGUUUUCGUCAUGGGUCACAAAACCAAUUAGUUUAGAUUAUUCCACGCCAAACGUCUCUAACUGGACGAAAAUGUAUGAGACUAUCACGACGCCGUCAUCUAUUAUCGACGAGUCUGAUAAAUCGUCCGAUCCUCUAGAUGUCCUUUACGGGAUCACGUAUAUGUAUUACGCUUUUAUUGGCAGCGUAACGACGGUCGUCAUCGGUAUCCUCGUAAGCUUGAUUACGGCCGAUACCGAAUCGGACAAAUACGAGGAGCAUUUGCUACAUCCUAUGGCGCGAAAAGUAGCGUCUCUAUUUCCCGGGAAGAAAAGACUCUAUGCCAGUAGUACCCGACUCGGGAAUAAAAACGACGCUACGAAUGCUACUGUUUCCUCGGUGGCAUCCAUCGCUGACAGUACCGAGAAAGGGAUAGAAAGAGUUCCUUCUCUUCAAGGAUUCAUGGAUGACAAAGGCAGGUUACAACUGGACAACAGUUACGUGGAGAAACUCAAUGCAUUGAAGACCGCUUCUAUCGACGUGACCAAUGAAAUUGGCAAACAUACCAGACUGUGAUUUGACCGUAGUCUAUAAGAAAUGUUCCUUAAGUGUGUAUUAUUUGUAACAAAUCGUAGAAAAUAAUAGGAAAAUCUUGAUUUUCAAGAGUGUAUUUUAGCGAUAUUUUCAAGAGUGUACGGUGUACCGUAAUCAUGAACUCGAUGAGUGAACAAUUGCGUGUGUUAGUGCCAAAUUUGAUUAUCCUAGCAUGGUGCAUAUCAUUAUGAUUUGUGACCCAUGCGUAGAAUGUAAUUACAUGUAAGCAAAGUUUUCCUCAAUUACAAUAUUUGAACUACAUUUACAUUUAGCUCAACAUACUGCUCAAAUGAAGGCAGAGUAUUACUUAUACAUUAGUAUAUAUUAUUCGAGAAAUCCAUUUAAGAUUUAAAUAUUAUGCUAAGAUAUUAUGCUAGGCUUUAAGAUUUAAAUACUAUGCGUCGAACAUUUUAUAAUAUAUUGUUAUAAUAUAUAUUAUUAUAAUACUUAAUUAUACUUGAAUAGAGAAUAGUAUAUAUAAUAGUAUAUAUUGAUAGUGAGUUAAGGUUUUUGACAACAAAACAAAUCAAAGUAUGCGAGUGUUCCUCCAGCAUAAUUUAAUCUUAAAUGGAUUUCUCGAAUAACAAGUAGUAAUGUAUAAGUAGUACUAUUAAUAUUUUAACAAACGAUAUAUUAUAAUUAUAUAUCGCGUUUUUCUGUUAUAUACAUAUGUGCAUAUUGUACGUGCAUCAUAUUCUUAAAUCGCGUCGCGCAUUAAACUUUAAAAUUUGUUUUUAUACUUUAUAGAGUGUAAGUUAUUUUAUAAGUAGAAAAUAUUGUCUUAUAAAAUAUAUAUACGUAAUGAACACAAUGCUAAUUCAA